CGACGCGUUGGACGCGAAUACUGCUAUAUUGACCUCGAAGUGGCCAGUGUAGUUGCUGUAUGGCGUCUAUCAUGUGGAUAAGAAUACGACAGUUAUGACAGAGGCUUUGUAGAGCGACGGACUCGAAACAUGGGAGCCAGACCAGCCAUGGACGGUGGUCAAUGCGAGCGAAGUUGCCCCGCUCACGCGUCUACGCGUGACCGCGCCGUUGCUCUCAUAUCGUCGACGGAAGGAACGUUCUCACACGUGGGAAACGUCAUUGCAGUAUACCCUUCCUUCCAGACAUCACGUCCUGCAACCUCGACGGGCUUCCAGAUUGGCGAUGCCUAUGCAGGACAAGCUCGCGUUCUCCCUCGCAUAUGAUCCUCAACAAGGCUUGCGUUAGUCUUUGACGCUCUUGCUGGAAGCUUACAAUAGCAGUUGUCAAGGCUGAUGGAUUCCAUCGUCGUUUCCAUCCUGCAGUCAUUUGUAAGCAAUACGAACUUGAAAGUUGCAAAUCCACUUCUAUGCGGACUUACAGGAGUUGAAC